UAGAGAACGGGAGACCUCCAGAUCCUGCUGACUGGGCUGUUACUGAUGUUGUGAAUUAUUUCAGAACAGCUGGAUUUGAAGAACAAGCCAGUGCUUUUCAAGAACAGAGCCUACUCGGUGCUCGUCCUGCGCAGCCGAGAAACCAAAAUGCCCGCAGGAUCUGCAUGGUGCCACCCUGCUUUGCUCUUGCUUCUCUCCUCUGUGCCCCUGUGGGCAGCUGAGAUUUCCUGCAGGAAUGAAGAUGGGGAGAUAGUCGACUGGUUUGCUCUUUACAAGUUACCAAAACAUGCUAAAGGAGAGAUUUCCAUGCUGGGGCUGGAAUACAUGUACAUGGAUGCCCUGGCUCCACAGUGGCAGCUUGGUAAAUACCUCAUCAACACGACACAGGGUGCUCUGGGACGGACACUGAAGCAGCUGUAUGACACAUAUGAAUCUAAGAGGAACACCAUUGCCUAUGUGAUAUACAACGAUGAGAUCCCUGAAUCUGACUCCAAAGGGUGGAAAAGUGGACACACCAAAGGAUUUCUGCUCUUGGACAAAUCACAAGGCUUCUGGGUAAUUCAUAGUGUGCCUCUGUUCCCUCCCAUCCCUGAGGAUGGUUACGGGUAUCCAGCUACUGGGGAGUCCUUUGGACAGACGGCCCUCUGUAUAACCUUCAAAUAUGACCAGUUCACUGAAAUAGACCAACAGAUGUUGAGUUAUAAUCCUGGAAUCUACAGUUGUUCCAUCCCUAACAUCUUCCAAGCUGAUCUCCCAAAUCUGCAGAAGCUCUGUGCAAAGUCCAGGCUGCCCGUGGCCCCCUUGCGCCACCUCACCAAGCUCCAGUCAGCUCAUGGGGAAACCUUCCUCCACUUUGCAAAGUCACACUCAUUCAUAGAUGAUAUCUAUGUGGCCUGGAUAGCUCCGGAGCUGAAGACUGAUUUGUUGGCUGAAUCCUGGCAGCGUUCUGGCCAAAAACUUUACUCAAAUUGCUCUCUCGAUUACCACGUCUACAACAUAAACCUAAUAGGGAUGCCAUUGAAUUCCACCUUUCAUUCCAUUAAUGAUCAUUCCAAAUGGGCUGUUUCAAGGAAAUACAAAGAUCAGUGGACCUGCAUUGGAGACUUAAACCGUGCUGCUGAGCAGGCUUGGAGAAGUGGUGGGUUCAUCUGUACCCAGAAUGAGCACAUCUACAGUGCCUUCAGGCACCUGGCAAUCCACUACGAAAGCUGCACUGAUGCUUCCACAGGGAUAUAACAGACCAUUCCUCCCAUCCAGCACAGCCCUUAUUACAUAGAAAGUGUGUGCAAUAUCUGCCUUAAAAUCUAUUUCCUCUGUG